GCGCCUGAAUUAUCAUAGGCCAACACUUAACCGCCGCGAGAUGGCAUCGACUCCGGCGUUUCGUCUCACUCUCCACUCUACCAUCCCUCCAAUCCUCCAUCGUCCUCCUCCUCUCCGACCUUCUCUCCGCUCCUCCCCAGCCUUCUCCGUCACCGCCGCUGCCACCGUCCCCACCUCCUUCCCCUACUCCUCUUUCUCCCAACCCCGCAAACCCCCCAAACCCCAGCAGCAGCAGCGCCACGACGAAGAAGACGAAGAACUAGUCCCAACCUUCGCCGGAGAUGAUGGAGAUGAUGAGCGUGUCAUUGGAGACUGCCUCGUCUUCGAGGAAGGCGCAUUCGAGGGUGGAGACCCCUUUGUGUACCCUAAACCCGUGGGAAAACCCUCCCGGAGGAAAGCCUCCCGUGCUUCCGCCGAGGUGGAGCCAGAGUGCUUGAUACCUGAUAAGUGGAAAGAGACGGCGGCGCAGCUGAGCUUGACCAAGAAGGAGAAGCGCAAGAUUGCGCAUGAGCUCAAGUUCGGGAGCAAAUUGGAGAGGAGGCUGAAAUCGCCGUUGCCUGACAUGGAGGAGUACUUGGCGUUCAAGGAGAUGAAGUUGGCGAAGCUGAAGCCGGUGGUUCUUGACAAUCCGGACAGUUUUCCGCCGGAGGAAAAGGUGGUGAUCCGCCCGGAGCCGGAGGGAAGGGUGGCUCCGAGGAAUCCGAGGUCGUGGUUGGGUGGAGGGAGUUUUGAAGACAUCUCGGAUUUCUUUAAUAGUGAGGAUUAUGUUCCUGGGGAGAUGAUGGAUGAUGAGAAGAAACCGAAAGGUUCUCGUAAACUAUUCACAAAGGAAGAAAAAGUCCUGUUGAACAAACGUAUACCUAAUGUUUUGGAGGCCACCUCUAGUAAAUGGUUACCUCUACACACACUUGCUGCAUCAGGGGAGUUCUAUCUUUUGGACACGCUACUGAAGCACAAUGUUGAUAUCAAUGCUGCUGAUAAGGAUGGGUUGACGGCAAUCCAUAAAGCAAUAAUUGGAAAGAAACAAGCCAUUAUGAACUAUCUAUUGAGAGAAUCAGCAAAUCCUUUUGUUCUUGAUCGAGAUGGGGCUACCUUGAUCCAUUAUGCUGUCCAAACUGCAUCAAGUCAGGCCAUUAAAAUUCUUCUCUUAUAUAAUGUCGAUAUUAAUCUUCCUGAUGAUGAUGGUUGGACUCCACUGCAUCUUGCUGUGCAAACAAAAAGGACAGACAUUGUGAGGCUUUUGUUAAUUAAAGGAGCUGACAAGACUCUGAGGAACCGAGAUGGAUUAACUCCACUUGAUCUCUGUCUCUACUCCGGCCAUGACAAGAGAACAUAUGAACUUAUCAAGUUACUGAAGGUGUUUCCAAAGUCAAAAUCACUUUCUUGAGGAUUCCAUAUGUUUCAAUUCCCUAGCACUUUCUCUGUACAGACAUCUUCAAAUGCUUGCAAUCCAUAUACAUUUUAGCAAUGGAUAUAGAGCUGUUGGCCUAGUCUACAUGAUAGCUGAUUUGAGUAAUGAAUCGGAUUGACAUACCAUUUUUACACAGGAACAGAUCUUCGAAACCCCAUUUAGAUAAUUGAUAUCAUUACCUAUGACAAUAGGGCUAGUUCGGCCAUCAUCUCUGUGAUUUCUAUUGUUUCUCAAGCUGAUGUGAAUAAUUCCUGCAUAACGUAAUCAGUAGCCUGUUUUAUGGUUGAACGACUAUCGUAGUACUUUGUCUUUUGUUGUGAAGAAAAUUAGAGCGAUAACAAUGAAGCUCGGCUCACAACUCUUCUGAUUUCGUGUGUUGAAAGCUGCUGUAGAAAGGCUAAUUCUGUAAUCAGAAGCCGAACAGAUUUUACUGCUAACUGCAGGACUGUCAUUGUAUUUUUAGAAAGUGUACACACACAAACACCAUCUUUAUUUCAGCCUUUAAACAUAAGAAGUUUAUUCAUUUUAGUGACUA